CGGGAUUCCCUGCGGGACCGCGCGGCCCCGGGCUCCCAGUCUCCAGCCCGCCUGUCGCCCGCCCGCCGAGACCACCGCGCCCUCCGCUCCUCGCCCCCAGCCCGUGAGCGCCCCACCGGGCCCGGCGCCCUCUCCCAGCGCGGCGCCCCCGCCCCCCCAACCGCGGGCCCUGGCGAGCGCACCCCGGGAAGCUCGGAGGCCCGGCCGUGGAGGAGGUGAGCUCGGCGUUCGGGCUGCGCCGGGGCCGCCGGGGGCCACCCGCGCCCCGCCGUGCUGACCCCGCGGCCCGCUGCGGAGCGGGGACGCGGGCGCCGAGGCGGCGCACAGCGCCCGGGAGCUCGACGCCGGCGCCCCCUCCCCGCGGGUCCGGGCCGCGUCGGGGAAGAUGUACCAGAGCCUGGCGCUGGCCCCGAGCCCCAGCCAGGCCGCCUACGCCGACUCGGGCGCCUUUCUGCACGCGCCGGGCGCCGGCUCCCCGGUGUUCGUGCCGCCCGCGCGCGUCCCCUCCAUGCUGCCCUACCUGCCGGCGUGCGAGCCGGGCCCCCAGGCCCCCGGGCUAGGCGCGCACCCCGGCUGGGCGCAGGCGGCGGCCGCAGACUCCUCAGCCUUCGGCUCCGGCGGCCCGCACCCGCCGGCCGCCCAGCCGCCCGGAGCCACCGCCUGCCCCUUUCCGCACGGCCCCCCCGGGCCCGGCAGUGGGGGCGGCGCGGGGACCCGCGACGGCGGCGCCUACCAGGGCGCGCUGCUGGCGCGCGAGCAGUACCCGGCCCCGCUGGGGCGGCCGGUGGGCGCGUCCUACCCCGCCGCCUACCCCGCCUACGUGAGCACCGAGGUGGCUCCGUCCUGGACCUCCGGACCCUUCGAAGGCAGCGUCCUGCACGGCCUCCAGGGCCGCCCGGCUGGCCUCCCGAGCCGCAGAGCCACCUUCGUGCCGGACUUCCUGGAAGAGCUCCCUGGCGAGGGUCGCGAGUGUGUCAACUGCGGGGCCCUCUCCACGCCGUUGUGGCGCCGUGACGGCACCGGCCACUACCUGUGCAACGCCUGCGGCCUCUACCACAAGAUGAACGGAGUCAACAGGCCGCUCGUGCGCCCACAGAAGCGCCUGUCCUCGUCCCGCCGCGCUGGCCUCUGCUGCAGCAACUGCCACACGACCAACACCACGCUGUGGCGGCGCAACGCGGACGGCGAGCCGGUGUGCAACGCCUGCGGUCUGUACAUGAAGCUGCACGGGGUGCCUCGGCCCCUGGCGAUGAAGAAGGAAAGCAUCCAGACGCGGAAACGCAAGCCCAAGAACGCUGCGAAGACCAAGGGCUCUUCAGGAUGCAGCACAGGGAACCCCGCGGCCUCCCCGCCCGCUGUCCCGGACACUGAGAGCUCAGCAGCUACAUUGAAACCCAAAUCCAACCUGGCAUCCCCUUCGUGCCCUGGGUCCAGCGUCACCUCCCAGGCCUCUGGCCAGGUGAACGACCCCCUGGCUCCCAGCCACUUGGAGUUCAAGUUCGAGCCCGAGGACUUUGCCUUCCCCUCUGCAGCCCUGGGCCCCCAGGCUGGCCUCGGCGGGACCCUGUGCCAGGAGGCCUGGUGUGCACUGGCCUUGGCCUAGGGCCUCGGGCGUCCAUCGGACCCGCCUCGCUGCCUGCCUGGCUCCAGCACAGCAGAGGGAGACCAUCAGGUCCAUCCACCAGAAGACGAGCCAGCGGGACCUUGAGGCGCUGGGCAUCCCUCAACACGGUGGCGGGGAGGUCUUCUGUACAGACGGCGGUCAGGCCCCGGAGAGGGGGAGAGGCUAAUGAGAAGGCCUUGAGCCCCCCCUGCAGACAGAAGGGGACUCCCCCAAAGGCUGUGUGACACUGGGCCACUCCAGCCGGGGCUGACCUGGAGGGCCCACUACCAACAGUUCUCUUGUCCACAUCUGCCAUCGCCGUGUUGACACAUUGUGGCAGCUGGAAAAAAACAAACAACAAAAAAGCCACCUGUUGUAAAACCAGGAUCACAAAUGAAAGGGCCGAGGUCAAGCAGGCAACGUGAAUGAGGGGAGCCGCCCGGCAUGGGACCUCCUCAGGCUCGGGAUCUGUUCCUUUUCUCACAUUUGAUGGAUAAAGACACGGCACAGAGAACUUUCCCUCCCUGUGAGUGAAGGGCUGCUAGGGACAGAUGUGCAGGUUGUGCACUGUGCCAGGAUGCCACCCCAAGGGCAAGCCAUUCACACCAGCGUCGUCGUCUACUUGUGUAUUUAUUUGGAUGAUUUCCCCAGAGGGGGCAGUAAAGGGCCUCAUUCUGACUGAAUCUGUGUAUCGUGACUGAUUCUGACAGAGUGAAGGACCUGGGGUCCCGUGCUGACCCCACAGGCACUGUCAGUGCUGGUGGUAGAGUGACCGCAUAUCCUGGCCUACCUCGGAUCAUCCCAGCUGGCUUGUCCCAGAGAAAUUCUUACUAACCCCCCUUGCGGAAGCCCUCCCCCCACGCUAGGGUGACCCCUUAGUUGGUCAAGCCGGCUAGAAGGAGCUGUGCCCAAGGAACCGAAUGACGAGCAGCCACCGGGGUCGGGGAGACAAUAAGGCAUGGAGGGGAGCGGGGCGCGCCUUGCCAGGGGCCUUGGCCUCGUUUCCGCUCAGUUGCCGCCUUUCGCCAGCAAACAUCCGAGACAGCAGGAGCAGCUGCCAGCCGCCGAGCCUCCUGGCUGAAGCUCGCCUUUCGUAUUUAAACACCGUGGUCCCUGGCGUUAGCUUCCAGAACGCGUCCUCCUGAGGCUGUACCUCCAGUUCGAGCAGCACAAUUUACACGUGACGUUGUCUUGUUUUUUUUUUUUUUUUUUAAAGACAAACGAUGCCAUGAGUAAAAAAUGUAAAAUAAAG